AUGGCGUCUCUCCUCGGCGCCCGGCUCGACGCGGCGUGGCACGGAGCCGGGCGCCGGAACACUCACGGCUGCACGGAGGGCAGCUGUUACCCGGCAACCGGGAACCUCCUGAUUGGAACACACACAGAACACACACGCCACCUCCACCUGCACCUGAACACACAGGAGCAGUACUGCAUCGUCAGCCACCUGCAGGAGUCAGACAAAUGCUUCGAGUGUUCGUCGCAGCAUCGCUACGAUGCGCGACGCCACCGCCACAGCCACCGCAUCGAGAACGCCAUCUACCUCAUGGACGCCCACGGGGACACCUGGUGGCAGUCGGUCAACGGUCAGGAAAACGUCGGCAUCCGCCUGAACCUGGAGGCCGAGUUCCACUUCACGCACCUCAUCAUGAAGUUCAAGACGUUCCGGCCCGCCGCCAUGAUCAUUGAGCGCUCGGCGGAUUUCGGGCGCACGUGGCGCCCGUACCGCUACUUCGCCUCCAACUGCACCAAGACGUUCCCCGGCGUCCCCGCCAGCGGACUGCGGCACAUCAACGACGUCACCUGCGAGGAGCGCUACUCCGACAUCGAACCCUCGACCAACGGAGAGGUCAUCUACAAGGUUCUGGACCCGGCCAUCCACGUGGAGGACCCGUACAGCCUGGACAUCCAAGAGCUGCUGCGCAUCACCAACCUGCGCAUCAACUUCACGAAGCUCAACACGCUGGGCGACGACCUUCUGGACCGGCGCCACGACGUGCUGCAGAAGUAUUACUACGCCCUGUACGAGCUGGUGGUGCGGGGCAGCUGCUUCUGCUACGGCCACGGCUCCGAGUGCGCCCCCGUGCCGGGGGUGGACGCCCGGGAGAACGGCAUGAUCCACGGCCGCUGCGUGUGCAAACACAACACGGAGGGGCUGAACUGUGAGCGCUGCCGACACUUCCACCACGACCUGCCGUGGAGACCGGCGGAGGUGGAGAACCCACACACCUGCAGAGAGUGCUCCUGCAACGGCCACUCCACCCAGUGCCACUUCGACAUGGCGGUGUAUUUGGCCACGGGCAACCUGAGCGGGGGGGUGUGUGACGACUGUCAGCACAACACCAUGGGGCGCAGCUGUGAGAGCUGCAGGCCCUUCUACUACCAAGACCCCGUCAGGGACAUGCGGGACCCCAGGGUCUGCGUCGACUGUGACUGUGACCCGGUGGGCUCUCUGGAGGGAGGCGUGUGCGACGGCCACACCGACCUGGACAUGGGCAUGAUCUCCGGCCAGUGUCGCUGCAAAGCCCACGUCAAAGGCACGCGCUGCGACGACUGCAAGGAGGGCUACUACGGGCUGAGCCAGCACGACCCGCUGGGCUGCCAGCCUUGCAACUGUGACCCUCGCGGCAUCAUCAUGAUGGGCGCUCCGUGCGACCAGAUCAGCGGCGACUGCUCCUGCAAACGAUACGUCACCGGUCGCUACUGCAACCAGUGUCUGCCGGAGUACUGGGGGUUGAGCAACGACCUCGCCGGCUGCCGACAGUGUGACUGCGACUUCGGUGGAGCCGUCAACAACAGGUGCGUGAUGGACAGCGGCCAGUGCGACUGCAGGAGGCAUCUGAUUGGCCGACAGUGCUCCGAGGUGCAGCCCGGGUUCUUCUGCGCCCCGCUGGACUUCUACAAGUACGAGGCCGAGGACGCCGCCGGACGCUCGCCAGGAGACGCCGCGCUGCCGGGUAAGCUCCGCCCCCAGGCAGAGACUGACUGUGUGCAGCACCUCAGUAACCAGCUGAGGAGGCAGCGCCGCCACCGCCGGACCUCCAGCUCCCAGCAGCACCGAGCGGCGCUGAGGCGGAUCCGCCAGCUCCAACAGACGCCGGACGUGAGGCCCGUGCACAGGGAGCCGGCGCUCAGCCACUCGGUGACGUGGACCGGUCCCGGCUUCGCCCGCGUCAAAGACGGCGCUGGCCUGGUGCUGACCAUCGACAACGUGCCCUACGCCAUGGAGUACGACAUCAUGCUCCGCUACGAGCCCGAGUCCACAGAGGACUGGGAGGCCGUCGUGAGCGUGACCUCGGUGCACCUGCCCUCCAGCCUCCGCUGUGGGAACCUGCUGCCCACCGAGCAGCUCUACACCGUCAGCCUGCCCCACCGGAACAGAUAUAUCCAGAUGCCGCGGCCGUUCUGUUUCGAGCCCAGUAACCGCUACGUGGUCGCCAUCCGGUUCCAGCGCCACGGCGUGUCCCACAGACACCUCACGGCCUUCAUCCUCAUCGACUCGCUGGUUCUGAUCCCCAAAUACACCGAGUUGCCGGGGUUACGGGGCGGCGAGCCGGAGGCGGAGCAGCGGCGCGAGGAGAUGCUCCGCUACAUGUGUCUGGACUCCUUCAUGGUCACGCCCACGCCCGUCCUCGCCGACAUGUGCUCCAAACUCAUCUGCAGCAUCUCCUCCAUCAUCCACGACGGAGCGCUGCCGUGCCAGUGUGACCCUCAGGGCUCCGUGAGCGGUGAGUGUGACGCGGUGGGCGGCCGCUGCCGCUGCAAGGCCAACGUGACGGGGAGGCGCUGUGAGCGCUGUGAGCCGGGAAGCUACGGCUACGGGGGGCGCGGCUGCACCGCCUGCGACUGCCACCCUGAGGGCUCGUCCAGCCACCAGUGCGACCCGGCAUCGGGUCAGUGCCGGUGCCGGCCCGGCGCCACCGGGCGGCGCUGCUCGGCCUGCCAGCCGGGCCAGUGGGGCUUCCCCAGCUGCAGCGCCUGCCGGUGCAACGGCCACGCCGACGUCUGCGACUCCCUCACCGGGGCGUGCGGCGGCUGCAGGGACGACACGGCCGGACACCAGUGUGAGCGGUGUGCGGACGGGUUCUUCGGGAACCCGGUGCUGGGCUCGGGCGAGCGGUGCCGGCCCUGCCCCUGUCCCGGGAACCCCGGCUCGGACCGCUUCCACGCCGUCUCCUGUGACGCCGACCUCGCCUCCGACCGGAUCGUCUGCCGCUGCCGGCCCGGCUACGCGGGGUCCCGCUGCGACCGCUGCGCCCCCGGUCAACACGGCGACCCGGAGCGCCCCGGGGGGCAGUGCCUGCCGUGCGGCUGCAACGGCAACAUCGACCCCCAGGACCCCGGGUCGUGUGACCCGAGGACCGGCCGGUGCCUCCGGUGCCUGUUCCACACGGACGGGCCGGCCUGCAGCCACUGCCUCCACGGUUACUACGGCAACGCCUUGGCCCAGGACUGCAGGCGAUGCACCUGUGUGACCGCCGGCACCGCGCCGUCCGCCUGCAGCGGCGGCGCGUGUCACUGCGACCGGCUGAGCGGCGCCUGCUCCUGCCGGGCCAACGUGGCCGGACUCAACUGCGACCGCUGCGCCGCGGACCACUGGAGCUACGGCCGCGGCGCCGGCUGCGAGCCGUGCGGCUGCGACCCGGCGCACGCCGAGGGGCGCCACUGCAACGCGUUCACCGGGCAGUGCCGCUGCCGGCCCGGCUUCGGGGGCCGGCGGUGCAGCGAGUGUGAGGCGCUGCACUGGGGGGGCCCUCAGGGGCCCUGUGAGGAGUGUAACUGCCACCCUGUGACCUCGGCGACCCCCCAGUGUGACCGCUCUACGGGGGCGUGCGAGUGCCGCGAGGGCGCGGCGGGCGUGCGCUGCGAGGAAUGCGCCCGCGGCUUCUCGGGCGAGUUCCCGGCGUGCGAGCGCUGCCACGCCUGCUUCCAGCUGUGGGACGACGCCGUGUGCCAGAUCCGCCGCGACCUGGAGCACGUCCAGGACGCGGCGCAGAGGCUCCUGCGGCACGGCGGCGCGACGGCGCCGGUCGGGCUCACGCGCAUCCGGGAGCUGGAGGCGCGGCUGCAGGAGGCGCGCCGCCUGGUCGGCGCCGGGGACGGCGACCGGGUCCACCAGCUGAUCGGGCAGGGCGUCGAUGACCUCAGAGCUGAGAUCGCCCUGACCGACGGGCGCCUGAUGGGCGUCGCCCGAGAGCUCAACGCCACCACAGAAGAAGAACGGGCGCUGAGGCGCAGACUGAGCGCCCUGGAGAGAGAGCUGAGGGACGCCAACGCCACGGUGGCCUCCAAGCAGAGCCUGCUGGACGACUACCUCACCUCGGGGUUCACAGACCAGUUUGAGAAGGUGAAGAAGUCCUACCAGGAGUCUCUGAGGGCGGAGGAGAGGUGCAACGCCUCGGUGUCGGGUCCCCUGAGCCCGGCGGAGCAGUCCAGAGACACGCGGGGCGUCACCGAGGGCCUGCUGGACGCCAGCAGACACAACUUCCUGCGGGCUCUGGCCGCCCAGAACCAGACGCUCAGCGCGCUGCAGCAGAACGCCCACCAGCUGGACCGGAAGCUGCUUCACCUCAGCCACAUGGUGUGCGGCGGUCACAGCAACACCAGCGUCAACGACAGUUGCCCGGACAGCCGGUGCGGCGGCAUCGGUUGCCUUGACGACCAGGGCAACGCCGUGUGCGGAGGAGAGGGAUGCAACGGGACGGCGAGCGCCGUCGCCGGAACGCUGCAGCUCGCCAGGAACGCCACGGACGGCCUGAACGCCGCCAACGAGGAGCUGCAGGGCGUGGCCAGAAAGCUCAAGGACAUCGCCGCUCUGACUCUGGACGUGAAGAACCAGGCCAUGACCACGCUGGAGAAGGCGCAGAAGAAGAAGGAGCACUUUGAAAACAACAACAAGAAGCUGAAGGACUUCAUCAAGAAGAUCAGAGACUUCCUCACAGAGGAGGGAGCCGACCCGGAGAGCAUCGAGAAGGUGGCCCUGCGGGUUCUGGCCAUCAGCCUGCCGGUCAACAGGACCACGCUGGACUCCAUGGUGCUGCAGAUCAAGCAGAGCCUCGCCAACCUCACCGACAUCCAGGGCGUGGUCAACCGGACCGCGGAGCACAUCGGCCGAGCCGAGGAGCUGCUGGCCGCGGCGCGGGAAGCCAAGGGCCGAGCGGAGGGCGUGAACGACGCGGCCAACGCCACCAAGCGGGCGCUGGACGUGUCCGAGGACGCCAUCGGGAAGGCCCGAGCGGCGCUGGAGGAGGCCCGCGACAACCUGAACAGCACCAGGAACGCCACGGCGGAGGUGGACUCCAGGCUGACGCGGCUGGAGGACAAGCAGGCGGACGUCGCCAUGCGCCUGGACAACCUCUCCGCGGAGGUGGAGGCCCUGAAGAACAAGACGGAGCAGAACAGGCGGAUGGCGGAGGACGCCGAGGCCCUGGCCGGCAACGCCACGCGGCUGGCGUCCUCGCUGGAGCAGAGCCUCAACGAGACGGAGGAGCGGUACCGGGAGCUGCAGGUGAAGGUGGACUCUCUGGGCGGAGCCUCCGGAGACCUGAACCACGUCAACCAGAGAGCCAAGGACAUCAAGAAGGAGGCGGAGGACCUCUUCGGCAAAGCCACCAAAGGGAUCGACCAACUGAAGAAAUUGGAGAAGAAGUUCCGCAGCAACGAGCAGCGGAUGCAGAAGCAGCGCCUGGAGCUGGACGAGCUGAAGGAGAACGCCACCGUGGUGCGCGACGAGAUCCGGGACCAGGUGCAGAAGUACAGCAACUGUGUGUGAGCGCGGGAACCGCCCACCUGGUGUCACCUUCGGCUGCUGAGAACCGGGGAAGAACAGCCACAUCGCCCAUGACAAUAAACGAGGGACAGAAAAACGACAUCAUGGCACAUGAGAAUAAAAAAUGGCGCUCUGGUGCUCCCAUUUUUAUAGUUUUACACAUUACCCGUCAAGUGUUGUCACAGACUUCCUCUCUGUGGACUGUACCACUCUCUGACUCCCCUAUAUGCCGCCCUGCGUCCUUAAGCUCUGACAACACGUCUAUUAUUAUUAAACAGAAGAACUAUUAAAUAUAUCAGAAUAUGUUAUCAGAAUCUCUUUUGACUAAACGUGUUUUAGUGAUCGUGUUUUCUCUGUAAUUUGACCACAUUUAAUAAUAUGCAUUUACAAUGCCACAUUCCUAUCGAGAGACAUUUUGGGGAAACGUUAAAUUUGUGUCAUGAAAUGCGUGUUUUAUUAAUAUUAUUUUUUAUUAUAAAAAGAAAACAACUCUUUUGACUGAAUAAAUAUGAACGCAUACACGAGUAUUCUUAUAAGCUAAAUGAAUUACGAGGUGAAACGAUGGAGACGAAUAAAUGUGAUACCACUCAUGUAAAUUAA